GCAGUUGGGUCAGAAACUAAUCAGCCAAAAAUGUUUUAUACCCCACAUUUGUCGCGGGAAGAAGUGCAACAGGGAAUUGCGGACAAAACACUUUUUGAAAGUACGUUGAGGAUAAAUCAGAGAAGAUAUGAAGAGGGAUUUGUGGAUAACCCUGAAGGCGAGGAAGAAGCUGACAUAUUGAUUUACGGUCUACAUGAUAGGAAUCGAGCUCUUCAAGGAGACGUAGUCAUCUUCAGGAUAAAGGAACGGUGCGACUGGGCUGUAGUAGAAGAUCAUAACUUGCCUGAUUCUUUGCUUCAAAAAACUGCCGAGGUCGUUGGUAUAAAAGAAAAAAAGCACAGUCGCAUAGCUGCUGGUACGAUAAAACCACUAGGCGAUGGGAGCAGGAAAUGGGUUUUAUUUUCCCCUUCCGAUUCCCGAGUGCCGAGAAUGAUGGUUGCAGCUGAUCAAGCUCCUAAAGGUUUUUUCAACCGUCCACAGGACUUUAGCAAGUUUUUAUACGUGGCGCACAUGUUGGAGUGGCCGUGUACUUCCCUCUUCGCUCCAGGUUUGGUUAUUUAUGGUCAUUAUUCCCACUUUUUGCAGGAGGAUUUAAAGUGCCGGCGAGAUUUUCGGAGAGAGGUGGUCUUCACUAUAGAUCCUUUGACUGCGCGUGAUCUUGAUGAUGCUCUUCACAUUAGGGCUAUUGAAGACUGUGAUGGAGCAGGAAGGCCGGGUUGGGAGGUUGGAGUUCAUAUUGCUGAUGUUAGUCAUUUCGUAAAACCAGGCACGGAAGUAGAUAUGUGGGCGUCUCGAAGAGCUACCUCGGUGUAUCUCGUCGACAGAGUGAUUCCCAUGCUCCCGAGAGCUUUGUGUGAAGACCUCUGCUCUUUACUACCAGGCGUCGAACGUUUAACAGUAUCAGUUGUCUGGAAUAUGGACGAUGAAGGAAAUAUUUAUGACGAGUGGUUUGGGAAGUCUGUAAUUCGAUCUUGCUGCAAACUUGCAUAUGAACACGUCCAGGUUAGGAUUCUAGCGAUUUUUCUUGGUAAUCGCCGUUCUAAGCAAGGUUCUUUACGUAUCGAGCAGCCGAAACUGUGCUUUGACUUGACAGACAAGGGUACUCCUCGCGGCGUGUCUAUUUAUGAACGAAAACAAGCUCACUCUCUAGUUGAAGAAUUUAUGCUAUUAGCAAAUGCGGCAGUUGCUCGCAAAAUUGAAGGGUAUUUUCCCGAUAGAGCUCUUUUAAGGCGACAUCCCCCACCUAGAGCUUAUGUGUUUCGAAAUGUUUUGGAAAAGUGCAAAUUAAUGGGAUUUAAUGUGGACGGCUCUUCUAGUAGUUCAUUAGCAUCCAGCUUAAGAGAAUAUUCUACCCGAGACAAGUAUAACCAUCAAAUGAUUCAGGUACUAUCAAAUUUGCUUCUUAAAUCUAUGAGACUCGCUGAAUACUUCUGUACAGGUACAGUGAUGGAUAAGAGUAAAUACGCCCAUUAUGCUCUUGCUGCCCCGUACUACACUCAUUUUACCUCUCCUAUUAGACGGUACCCAGAUAUUAUGGUGCACCGUUUUCUUUCUGCCGCUCUCGGUUCUGAACCCGAUCCUCCCUGGAACAUUAAAGAAAUCAGUGAUAUCGCAUCAUAUUGCAAUACUAAGAAGUUAGCUGCAAAGACUGUAUCAGAAAUUCAUGCAGAAAUGUAUUUCGGCCUUUACGUGAAGGCUUGUGGACCUCUAGUGGAGAAAGCUGUUGUCUUACAAGUCCUCGAUGCAGCCUUCGAUGUUCUUAUUAUCAGAUAUGGUUUAUUUAAACGGGUUUAUGUCAAUGUGAGUGAUAAUAAUAUAAAAAUUAUAGAUAAGAGGGAUGUAUAUUUUAGAUCGUUUCAAAUUUAUUUUUUAUUUAUUUUUUUGAGUAUUUUAACACUUUUUCGGAAUGGUUGGGGAACGAUGAGUAGGUGCCGUGAUUUAUCAGUGUAG